AUGGCCUCCAAUACAACUCGAUCCGCUCACUUGGUGAAGAUAAUCACUGAUAACACUACCGAAGUUGAGGCAUAUCGUCAGGAACAAGGAUUACCGCCCCUCAGUCUGGGCCCUGAUGCACCGCUUGACGUGAAAUAUCCACCCGAUGUGGAAAAAUGUCGACGGGCCGUUAUCGAUGCUAGCCUGGAGUUGGGCGACCUGGCAACGGGCCCCUUCGAGCUUCGCCUCGGACAUGGAUGGGCAGUCAUGACCAUGUUUAGCGUGAACCAAUUCAUCUGCAAUUUUGACAUUGCCCACCGGGUCCCUCUGACAGGCGACAUAUCGUACGAUGAUCUCUCGAAGACUGUCAACGUUGCUGCGCCCGUACUCCGUCAGGUCCUGCGAGCGGGCAUGCCCUACCACAUGUUCUACGAGCCACGGCCGGGCCACGUGGCGCACACGGCGACGACUAAGAUCAUAGCGCGGGAGCCACUGAUCGCAGACUGGCUUGGCAUGAACAUGGACAUCAUCUUUCCCGCUGGUGCUGGGCUGACUGAAGCCUUGAAGAAAGAACCCACGGGCAGUGACCCCGCCAAAAGCAGUUUCAUGCUCGCCAAAGGAGACGGCGAGUCUAGCAUGUUCAUGUAUCUCGAGAAGCGCCCAGAGCAGGCUCGAAGAUUUGCACGCGUCAUGGGAGCAAUCCAGAAAGAUGAGGGGUACGGAGAACGACACCUUAUCGACAGCUGGCCGAAUGAUUUGCAGACCGGUAAACUCGUCGACCUGGGCGGAUCCACGGGCGCCGUGGCCUUUGCACUAGCCGAAGAGUUCCCAGGGCUCGAGAUCGUGGUCCAGGACUUGCCCGUGGUACUUGAACAUGCCCAAGUUCGCGAGGGCAAGAAUGUUUCGUUCAUGCCUCAUGACUUUUUUAACGAGCAGCCUGUCAAAGACGCUGACGUAUUUAUGUUUCGCUUGGUUCUGCACGAUUGGCCCGACGUUCAUGUCCAAAGCAUCCUGAGAGCUUUGAUCCCGUCGCUGAGGGCUGGUGCCAAGGUCAUCAUAUUUGACGACAUCAUGCCUCCUGCUGGCACAUUGGGUUUGAGCCUCGAGCGACAUCAACGAACCGUUGAUUUCGGCAUGUUGACCCUUCACAACUCCAAGGUAAAUUUACCCAGAAAAGCCAGCAAGUUUUUCUCCAUUCUAACCUGGGAAUCCUACUUGCAGAUACGUGACGUCGAGGAAUGGAAAGAAGUCAUUACUCAGUCAGACCGGCGCUUCAAGGUUACGGAUGUUAGGUACCCUGAUAAUUCUCGACUUUCCCUCAUUGAAAUCGUAUGGCAGCCCCAAAGGCCUGGUAUGCAUCGCGCCAAUGGCCAGAAACGUCUCGCACACGCCACUAGAUAG